UUCUUACUAUUCGGUGCCAUUUGAGUCCUAAUGACAUAAUAUGGUAUAUUUAGUGUAAAACUUGUCUAAUGCUUAUUUCUAAACCAUUUUCUUGUAUGUUUAACCCCCCUCUACCAUAGAACACAUUGAUAUAUACACAGGAUAAAUACAUUAAAAGUAAAUUACUUUUAUUUUAGCACAAGUCACUAAAGUACUAUGUCCCCAGUCAUGCUUGCUCGACUUCAGUUACAAAUAUAACUUAAAAAAAAAAAAAAAAUCUAGAUUUUUCAUCAUUUCUGGAUUGGCUUAUUUCUAAUGUUCCUCAUCAAAUGUUCUUUUUUAUUAUUAAUGCAUGUUUAAUACUUAAAAUCUUUAAAAAAUGUUGUGUCCCUGAAUCAACUGUCACCCCUGUUACUCUGAUAAGAAUUCCAUAGAACACAUCACCUGAUUAUUCUUUUAGUCACAUGACACUCCCGGAUGUAACAUAUUUUGGAGGGAAAACUUUCAAGAAGAAGACGAGGAAUGGCACCAAUGUCUGCUGCGGAGAAGCAGCGGCGCUACCGAGCACGUUGUGAUGCUGACCCUGAGAGAAGACAGAUAUAUCUCAAUAAAGAGAAAGAGAAGUGGAGAAAGGACAGAGAGGAAGGGAAAAAAAAGAAAGUGGCAGAUCUCAGUGAACGACAGAAGAGAGCACAGAGAAAGCAGUGGCGAGAAAGGAAAAGAAAGCAGAGGGCUAGUGCCAAAGGCAGGACAGAAUUUGAGGCUAUGAAUACUCCUCCCCUAAGUCCAGAAUAUUCCCUAGAGCCAGAAAAUGCCCCGCAACCAGGACCCUCAAGGUUAGAAGAAGAGUUGACAGAUGAUGAUGAUGUUGAGAGGAAAGUAAAAGAAAUUAUUGAUGGACCGACACUUGUGCCUGUCAAAGGAACCAUGAAAAUCCACCAAGUACUCAGUUUCUCUCCAGGAACAAUAAAAUACAGGGACAUAACCUGCCUUUGCCAGGCAGACAAAGGUGUACUGGACUGUGAAUGCUAUGGCCUGAAGGAGAUAAGCCUUAGUCAAGAGGCAAGUCCACAUUGCACUGAGGGACCAACCCGGCCUGAGAACAUCACAAAAGAUCAUAUUGGUCAGUGGUGCAUUAUCAACUACGAUGGUGAACCCUACCCAGGAAUCAUUCUGGAGGUUGAAGAGGAUGUUAAAGUGAAAUGCAUGCACAAGAACGGGACCAACAAGUUCCACUGGCCAAGUCCACGUGAGGACAUAACCUGGUAUAGGGAUGACCAGGUUGUGUGUCUGAUGAAAGAACCAACACCUUUGAAUAAGAGGUCAGUUCAGCUGGAGAGGAAAGUGUGGGAUUUCCUUGAAAAAAACUGGAGUUGCUGGUCUGUUGCAUAGGUAAAAGGUGUGAGAAAAAUGUUCAUUAUGUUGGGUGUACAGUGAAAAUUUGCUUGUUUAAUGUGGACAUGUAUCUACCUGUGUUGGUUGGACGGGCAUGGUGAAGGUGUUCAAAGUUUCUUUAAGGUGGUAUUUUUUGUCACUGAUGUUAUGUCCACCCUGUUUCUCCUCUGUCCACCCUGUUACCUGUGUGUUUCUUUUGUUAAUUAAAUCAAAUCAACAAACAUAAUGCAUGUCUCUUUGGUUAUUGGGAGGGAAUGAAUCAGCAAAAUUAAGUUACUUAAAAAUGGAGCCAAUUUUUUUUUUAUAUUCCCUUUGAAUCUAAAAACAAUCUUUUGAAAUUACACUGUGUCUUAAAACUGAACCUGUCUUCUUUCAAUAUAAUGCUUGUUUAAAAUACUUCCUUGAAAUUUCCUUGCAGAUUUUAAAAAGGGACAUUGUAGCUUUUAGAAAAUGUAAAUAUUACUAUAACUGUGUAUUCAAAACAGUUAUUAAUAGAAAAUUGAAUGUCCUGUAACAGGGUGGACAUUUGGCACGUCAUGGGUAAAGACUUUGAUUUUAAAAAAUAUUAUAAUAUAAUAUCCUUAGCUGGACCAAUACAUUUUUCUUAUAGGUUGAAAAUCCCUCUUUUAGAUGAAAUGUUAAAAUAAUUCAAAAUUUUGUAUUUUUUGAUGAAGAGUGAUCACACUGAAAUGGCACCGAAUAGUAGGA